AUGUUAAAGUGGCUUCAAGGUAAUAUAUCUGCUGUAACUGGGAUUGCUGAACCAGAAUAUGGUCAAGAGUACAUUCAUACCGUAGCAGAUAAGUUGAAAGGAAAGCAACCAUACCGUUCUACUACUCGUGAGGACUUUGACUGGCAAAAUCCAGAUCAUACUAAUGUUGAGACAGUCACCUUCUAUUUUAGUGAUCUUAAGACAGGUAUCACUGGUUUUGUCCAAGUGAUUCACUCUAGUGUGAUUCCUAUGCAUAAAGCCGCUCAAUUUACUUUCAGAAUAUAUGAUUCCAGAAAUCCUGAGGAUCUUAACGUCUGGACCUCAACAAAAUUGGAAAAUUUUAGAACAGAUGGUCCAAAUUUUUAUGCUGAUGAUUUAUCUAUCGAAUUAUCUGAAGAUAAUACAAAUUAUCAUAUCGUAUCAAAUGUCUGUGAAAGAUCUACUGUUGAUUUGUAUAUUACUAGAUUGACUCCUGGUGCUAAGGCAGGUGAUGAUCCAACAACAUACUAUGGUGAUAACUUGGAUGUUCCUUGGGGUACUAUGAGACAUGUAUUCUGGCCAAGAAACUCUUGUCACGGUACUAUCAACGUAAAGAAAGUUGUUGAAGUCGAUGAAGUCGAGGUCCUUGCAACAGAAGUUGAAGGUACUACUUUGGAAGAUAACGAAGAACAAGAGGAAGAAGAAGAAGAAGAAGAGGACGAAUCUGAUUCGGAAUACGACUCUGAUUCGGAAUACGAGGAUGAAAUCGAAGUUGUCUACGAGGACCGUACUUAUACCUUUGAGGUAGAUGAUCCAGCUUACUCGAUGUUUAUUAUGGCUCUACAAGGUAUGAAACCUCAUCAUGCCGCUAAAGCUUGGAAUUUUGUCUAUGUUCACACUCCUGAGAAUACUGCAUUGUUGAUCGAAUAUAUCACACCAAAGUCAUACGCUAACACUAAGGUCACUGUAGGUGUCAUCACUUCUAAGGAUGAAGUUAUGAUGCUUUCAUUGAAUAACAACUAUGAACAUUUGAAUCCAGAGGUCGAUGAAGUUGGCUGGCCUGUACCACAUAACAUUAAAGUGGAAUUUAAUGGUAUUUCUAAGAACAUCACUGAUGAACAAAUUGAAAAUGAAACUUUUACGGAAAAGGAUAAAGUCACAGCAGUAAUUGAGGCUCCAUUGAAAAAUAUGGUAGAAAGAGUUGAUGUGAUGGGAGAAAUCCCUGGGUUCGUCAAGAACAUUGUCUCUGGUAUCGCUGGUACUAAACCAUUCAUCUAUCAAUAUUCCAAUGACGAGUUCAGUCUUCAAGUUAAUGAUGGUAAGAAGUCUACGGGUCUAGGUUGGGCUGAAGUUACUUUCAUCUCUCAAUCAGAAGUUGUCGAUGCUGAAUCCUACAACGAAGAUUAG